GGGGACUUCCCUUGUCUCAGCCAAUCGCAGCUGCCCUGAGAGUGACGUCAGGUGCUCCGCCGCGAAAGUUUGAAAUUUGCAACGAAGGGCGCUGGGCGGCGGCGGCGGCGGGAUGGAGGAGCCGAGCGGAGGGGAGCAAGGCGGGCCUGCCUGCCCAGAGGCUGAACCGCGGAUGGCCGCUGAAGAAGCGGCGGCGGUGGCGACGGCGGCGGCAGAAGCGGCCGGGGAAGAGGAGAGGGAAGCUCGGCCAGAGCUGGAGCCGGAGCCGAAGGCGGAGCGAGAGGACAACCAGUUAACCGAAGCCGCCUUGCCGCCCGCACCGGUCGCCGGCAGCGCUCAGGAAUUCUCGGAAGAUCUUAAUUCCGACGAAGAGAAUGAGAGUAAGUGCAGCGAGGACAGCAGCUGCAGUGACUAUGGGAGCCACGACAGGCCCGGAACGACUUUGCAGAGGGUUGCGUCAGAUGGAAAAGCUCUCCUUCCAGACAUCUUCCAGACGAACAACCUCCUGUUCUAUGAGAGAUUCAAGACCUACCAGGAUUACAUGCUGGCUGACUGCAAGGCCUCAGAGGUGAAAGAAUUUACAGCGGAGUAUUUGGAAAAGGUCCUUGAACCCUCCGGAUGGCAAGCAAUCUGGUGCACUAAUGCGUUUGAAGUCUUAGUUGAGGUGGCCGAUGUAGACUACGCCUCCCUAAAAGCUGUGGUGCGGCUUUCCCAGCCUUUUCGGUGCAGGGUGCAAGUGGGGGGCUUCACCUCGGAGCAGGUGUGCGCUCUGUUGGAACUGAAGGACUACCAGCUGCCUCUGCAGGAAUUGUCCGUCGUGUUUGACGAAUCGGGAGAAUUUGACCAGACGGCCCUUGCAAUAGAGCAUGUCAGGUUUUUCUAUAAGCACAUUUGGCGCAGCUGGGAUGAAGAAGAUGAUGACGACUUUGAUUACUUUGUCCGAUGUGUGGAGCCUCGCCUGCGUUUGUAUUAUGACAUCGUUGAAGACCGUGUCUCGCCAACUCUGGUGUCAGACUACCACAACCGCCUCUCUCAGUGCGAGGAGCUGUAUGGCAAGUUCCAAGUCCUCAGGAACAGCCUCUUGGCCUGCGUUUCUGACUCUGAAAAGGACAACGUUUCUGUGGUGGAAGGGAUGAAACUCUACGACCAAAUCGAGCACUUGAAACAGAAGCUGAAAAUGAUUGAAAACCUUCUGUUCAGGUACGUCUUCGGUUAUAAGAAGCACGCUGGCCUCAAAGCAAAAGGACUCCGUUCCUCUAAUGCCACCCUCACCCACGUUGUCUGUUCUACAGUCCAGUCGAGUUUCUUGCAAUGCCUGUUCAGGGACAAACUUACUCCAGAACAUUUCAAUGAAGAAAUUGAAAUCCAGUUCCACAACGAUCCACAGUCUGCUUUGAAUGCUUGCUACGAAGGAGACAGAGUAAUAAUUUGUCCUGGCCAUUACAUUAUUGAAGGAGCAUUAUCUGUCGCUGAUUCUGUUACACUAGAAGGCUAUGGACUGCCGGAUGACAUCGUGAUAGAAAAGCAAGGGAAGGUACAUGCUUUUGUGGAAUGUGCUGGAAAGGAUGUGAAAAUUUCUAACUUGAAGCUUAUCCAACAUGAUGCAGUGAAAGGCAUUUUGAGUGUUCAUCAAGGAAGGACCACUCUGGAAAACUGUGUGUUGCAGUGUGAAACAACUGGAGUUGCCAUCCGGACAUCUGCCGAGCUCUUAAUGAAGAACUCUGACUUGUAUGGAUCUAAGGGUGCUGGGAUUGAAAUCUACCCAGGCAGCACCUGCACUUUGAUUGGGAAUGGGCUACACCAUUGUAAAGAAGGGAUCCUUAUCAAGAACUUUUUGGAUGACCAUUGUGAUGUUCCCAAGAUAACCAUGAAGAACAAUGUGAUACACAAUAAUGAAGGCUAUGGUGUGGUGCUGGUGAAACCUAAAGAGGCUACUGAGAUCGUGCCAGAAAGCAUGUCAGAGCAAACGAAAGAGAGUACGCCUGCUGACGCUGCCACCACUGAGAACUAUGCAGGUCUUCAUGAAUUGGGUAGCAGUGAAGGGGGCCUUUAUGGAAGAGACAAUGACGACGAUCACGGAGAAGGCAAUCUUCAGAUUUCAGAGGAGAUUUGGGCCACCUUGCUGAAGAAGAACCAGCUGUGCCAAAAGAGACGGAGCCAGCUGGGUAUCCCAGAGGCAGCCAGCCAGCUGUCUCAGGAGAUGUUCGUGUCCAUCAUGGGCAACCAGUUCAAGCGUAAUGGGAAGGGGUGUUUUGGAACUUUCCUUUACUGACUUUCUGAAUUGCAUUAUAAAGCCAACAAGAUCACCAGCAGCUAAGCACUGAUGCCUUCCAGAAUAGCUAAAACUCAAGAUCUUGACUCCUGUGUUUUUUUUUUUUGUUUAAUUUAAAUCUGGUUACACUCCCUGCUUUCCUGUGUUCCUCGUGUAUCCUUUUCAGCAGUGGUGUGUGUGUGUGUGCUUCACAGCAGUGAAAGUCAUAUGUUGCUUAGAGUGAGUCUUGAAGCCAUAACUUGAGAGUUGAAAGCUCUCCGAUUGAGUUUCCUGAAGAGAGAAGCUUCAUCCCUAUUGGGUUUGUGUAUCAAUUUAUUGUUACACUAUUUAUAUCUAAAAUCAAUCACCCCGUUUUAAAAAUGAAAUAAAGCUCUGUAUAUUUAAAGGGAGACUGUUGACACUGCCCUUGUACCUCGUGAUGCAGGUAACAUGAACGUUCGUUUUUUGAGCAAUGGCUGUGCGUCAUUUUCAGCUAUAUUGAGUAAACCUUUCUAUUUAGCAAAA